AUAACAAAGUAAUGGCAAGUGGAACUUAUGUUAACUUAUCCAGAUAUAUCUAGCAUCCAAAUGUUCAUCAACGUGCAAUGACAUAAUCUGAAAGAUCAUGGGUAUUUUUAUAUUCUCCCCUUGAUUUUACUUUCUUAUUUCUUUCUCUACACCUUAUUCCUAUCAUAUUUUUUUUCCAGUAUAGUUAGACAGUUUACAGCUGUCCAAUCUUAUGUACUGUAUGGUUGGACUGGACGCAGUGGAAGUGAGCGAUCUCACAGUAUUGCUUUAUCAAGCUGCUACAAGGAUCAGACUCAGACUUCUGCUUUGUUAGACCUCACGGCCACGUUUUGUUUCUUUCCUCUUCCUUCUUAUAGAUUCUAGUCUCAGAAAAAGGCAAACCUCUUCCUUCUUCGUCUUCUGUGGAGGAUCUAGAAUUACCGAAAACGACCUAAUGUUGCAAUUCGAUUUCCAAAACCAAUUCGAUGGAUAAUCACCGGAGACUGUGAACCUGCUCGAUGCCAGCAGUGUCAAAACUUUGUCUGUGGAAUUCUGUCGUCGUGGAUUGGCGAGAUCGAGAACCUCCUGGUGAAGGAGGAUGAGGAAGAUGUCACUAUCGAACCAACUCCGGGGGUUGUUGAUCGCCUCAUCGCCGACUUGCUCGUUGAUUCUGCCGAGGGUGGAUCGUCCCAGCUGAUCCACGCCUCGAGCAACAAGGAUCAAACUCAGACUUCCCAAGUCACCAGGCGGACUCAAUUUGGAGAUCAAUCUCUCCAUUGUCGUCCCGGAAUGAAGAGGAAGUGGGACGGAGAAGAGAUGGCAGCUCCGACAGGCAAUAUCCGUGAUGAUCGAUCAGGUAGGGGCUACGAGGUGUUCUUGAGCUUCAGAGGGCUUGAUACUCGCUUAACCAUCGCGGAUUGUCUCUAUGAAGCCAUGAUCCACGCGGGGAUCCGCACUUUCAAGGAUGACCCAGAACUCCGAAUCGGCAAAGAGAUUGGAGGCAAUCUUUUGCGAGCGAUCAACAACUCCAGAAUUUACAUUCCGAUUUUCUCCAAAAACUACGCUUCAAGUAAGUGGUGCCUCCGUGAGCUUGCGCACAUGGUGGAGUGCAUCAGGAGAAGAUCAAGAGAUGAAGAUGAGAAAGUUAUCCUCCCUAUCUUCUUUGAUGUGGAUGCAGAUGAUGUCAAGAUUAAGACUGAGUUAUAUCGGAAAGCCCUCCAAAAGCACGAGAGUGACUUUGGGAAGGAUUUAGCAAAGCAAUGGGAGGAGGCUUUAAGAGAGGUUGCCAGUAUUAAGGGAUGGAAUCUAAAAGAUCACGGCCUACAUAAACUUACAAAUCUCAUGGUACAAGAGGUUUAUAGUCUAUUAUGGACGAGACGAACAGACACACAUGAUUGUCUCGUGGGAAUUGAGGAUCGAAAGGAUGAAAUUACAAAGCUAUUAGAUCAGGGAACUCAGGAUGUUCAGUAUAUAGUGAUUCAUGGUAUGGGAGGCAUUGGAAAGACAUCACUAGCCGAGGUUGUCUUCAAGCAAAUCUCCCCUCAAUUUCAGGGUCAUUGCUGCUUUCUUAAGGAUGUCCGUACCCAUGAUAUAUUAAACUUGCAAAAAAAAUUAUUGUCUGACAUUCUCAAUCUAAAUUGCACAAACCUCUCUGACAUUAAUGAAGGGGCUAACGUGAUCAAGAGGAGGUUCCAUGAAAUGGAAGUCCUCAUUGUUCUCGAUGAUAUCGACAAGCUAAACCAAAUUGAGAAACUUGCAGGCGAGCCCAUGUGGUUUGGUGGGGGAAGUAGAAUCAUUAUAACAACAAGGAAUAUUGAAUUCUUGGUAACCGAAGGUGAAGAUGACAAUGUCCCAACCUCACGUUUUGGAAAAAUUUCAUUUUACGAAAUGCCGGAGAUGGAUCCUGAUGAUGCUCUUCAACUUUUCUGUGAGCAUGCCCUGGGAUGUGCCAAGCCGUCACCUGAUUACCUAGGUAUUUCAUGUGAACUAAUCCAUGCUCUUGGAAGACUUCCAUUAGCUCUCGAGGUCAUAGGUUCCACACUCCGCGGAAAAUGCAAAAGUACAUGGGAAGAUGUCUUACAACAGUUAAAGACGGUGAUGAAUCAAGAUGUCAAGAAAAAGUUGAUGAUAAGUUAUGAAGAAUUAAAUCCUAUUCAACGAAAAAUUUAUCUUGAUAUCGCAUGUUUGUUCAUCAACCAAGAGAAGACAACUGCAAUUAUAUAUUGGGAUGCAGUUUUCAAGUAUCCCACUGAAAUUGAAGUGAAGAUCCUCACACGUAUGUCUUUGAUAAAGAUUGUCGACAAUGAUAAACUAUGGAUGCAUGACCAACUUAGGGACCUCGGAAGGGAUAUCGUCCACCCAGAAAGCUGCAAAAAUCAUCUAAGUGGUAGUAGAUUGUGGUCACCCAAGGAUGCCUUCCAUGUCAUGCAGAGAAAAAAGGGAACUAAAAACAUAGUAGCACUCAAUCUUGGCACACCUGAACCUGAUGCGUGGUACAUAUUUAAACGCAAGGAAUUUGCAAGGUUGGAGAACCUUAGAUUCCUUCAAUUAGAUCAUGGAAACUUCAAGGGAGAGUUUAAGGAUCUUUUCUCCGAAUUAAGAUGGCUUUCUUGGAGCAAUUGCCCCUCAGAAGUCCGAGAUACCAACUUUGGAUUGAAAAACUUGGUGGUCCUUGAGCUUUCAGGGGUCAACAUUACUGAAGACUGGGGAGGAUGGUGUCAAAUCAUGGUAGCAAAACAAUUGAAAGUCCUAAAACUUGUGGAUUGCACAUCCCUUAGAAAGACGCUCAAGUUCUCCACAAUCUCGAGACUAGAGAGAUUGAUUCUUAUCGGUUGCACUACACUAAGUAUGAUUGACGAAACCAUUGGCAAUUUACAGCAUCUUGAUCACCUAGAGAUAGAAGAGGCACUUAUUGAGUCAUUGCCAGAGUCCAUUGGCGGUCUAAAAUCUAUGUCAAAGCUAUCAAUUCGGAAAUGUUGCUAUUUUGAAAAGCUUCCCGACUCUAUUGGACAAUUGGAGUCAUUACUUGAGCUACACAUCCAUUGUUCAAGAAUUAGAGAAUUACCGCAUUCCAUUGGAUGCCUCGAAGGGUUAAAAGUUUUAUGUAUCAUGACUAGUAGAUUAGAAAAGCUACCAACCUCGAUUGGGAGGCUCCAGUCAUUGCAUCAGUUGGAUGUGUCUUCAUCACGCAUCAUGAAAUUACCUCACUGUAUUGGAAAUCUCAAAAAGUUGAAGGAAAUAUAUAUGGAUAACACUUGCAUAAGUGAACUUCCCAAAACCAUAGGAAUGGUGGAAAAUCUGGAAAAGUUGACUGCUGCAGUCUGUGAUCACUUGGAGGGAGAAAUUCCUAGUGAAAUUGGGGCACUAUCUUCAUUGCGAAUUUUAGACUUAUCAUGUGGCCACUUUAGUAGAUUGCCAACAACCAUCAAUCAGCUUACAAAUCUCCAAGAACUUCGUUUACUCCACUGCAAUUGGAUUCAACAGUUGCCAGAGCUUCCUCAGAGUCUAACGGUCUUACACUUUUCAAUGGAGUCACUGACCACAAUCCCUGACCUCUCAAACCUUACCAACUUAGUUGAUCUUGAUAUGUGCGGAACACUAGUGCAAGAACCCAACAUAGAGUGGCUUGUGGAGCUACGUGCUCUAAGGAAAUUGGCCUUGGUUGUUCUGGAUAUGACCUUGCCUCCGACCAAUUUAAGUUCCCUCUCUCAGCUACAAGAACUCGAAAUAGGUUGCACUGGCCAACGAUCUCUUACCGGGCUCCCUUCCAACCUUCGAUGUUUGACCUUAGCAAAUGUCCAAUCCCUGAUAGAUUGGUCCCUCUUUUCCAACUUGGAGAAUUUGUCAGAGCUGAAGCUCCAUGAAUAUCAGCUUGGCGAGAUUCAAUUCGAUGUGCUUGGAAAGCUAACGAAACUCAGUGCAUUGACGAUGAGGGAGUGUCCAUUACUCAAGACGUUGCCUGUUAUGCCAUUUUUUAAGGACAUUCGGAACUUGAAUCUAAAUCGAUUGCCUCAGCUAACUGGGAUUCAGGGAUUGGAAGAAUUGAAAUCAUUGCAGUGUUUGUCCAUCUGUUGGUGCAAUUCCAUUAAAAGGUUAGCUGAAACUGCCCUGUCUAAUCUACAAAAUCUGAAUAUUUUGAAAUUCGUUGCAUGUAAAUUGCUGGAGAGUGUGCCGGAUGUGCCAUAUGCCAAGUCAUCUUGUCAUCUCAUCAUAAAGCAAUGCCCGAGGUUGUGUGAUUUUGAAGGCCCAUACAGGUCCUACAAAGACGGGUAAAGUAUUUAUCAUUUGUUUGGCAAAGAUAGUAAGUCGAUAACAUUGAGCUGCCAGAUAGCAUCUUUUUGCACAAAACUUGUGUGCACUUUGCUAAAUUAAAAGAAUUAAGCGAGGCUGACUUGGCUUGUUUAGCUCUUGAAACUUCUUAUGAAUUGUCGUGGAGAGAAAAGGCAUGUAUAUUUUUUAAGUAAUGCGAGGUAUAAUCGAGAGUUAUACAAAAAUCCUACUCUCUCAUUCCCUUC